AUGGCGACAUCGGCAACAAGUGUAGGAAUUUCAGUAAAUUUUGAGAAACUCGGUGGAAUAUCAAAUUAUGGAAAUUGGAAAUUCUUAAUGCGUAUGCACUUGGUACAUGAAGAUUUAUGGGACUGCAUCGAAGAGUCUACAGCGGGUGUCCCCAAGGUCACCGAUGAACGCAAACAACUGAAAGCUCUCGCAAAAAUAUGUUUAAUGGUGCAGUCGGCGUCUUUCUCUCAUGUACGAAACGCAGCGACUGGGUAUGAAGCCUGGCGGAACUUAGAAACGGCGUAUGAAGACAAAGGGUUGUGUAGAAGACUCGGACUUUUACGUACAUUGUUUGGAUUGAAAUUGGAACAAUUUAAUGAUAUGGAAGCGUACAUCUUGAAGAUCACAGAAUUGGAUCAACAACUACGAGACACAANUGAAAAAGGCUGUUUCAAAAACACCAUGGUUGGCCAGCAAGAUAUUGAAAAGAUGAAGGUGGAAGAAUUACGUGAAAAGUUGGAAGAACUAGGUCUUUCUGUGGAUGGGACAAAGGCAAUAUUGCGUCAUCGGUUACGUGAGGCUUUACAUGAGAACAAUGAUACAUCCGAAAAUGAUUCAAGUGAAGAUGAUGAAGAUACCGUCAACCAACAAAAUAAAAGAAGGUCACGCGAUAAAGUUCUAUUGACUUUUCGCGAUGUAGAAGAGUCGCUGGAAAAAUUUAGCGGUGAUAAAAAAUUAAAUGUUGAGAGAUGGCUUGAAGAUUUCGAAGAGAUGGCAAACUUAUGUGAGUGGAAAGACAUGCAGAAAGUAGCAUAUGCAAAAAGAUUGCUUACUGGUUCUGCAAAGUUAUUUGUAAGGUACGAGAAGUGUGCAAAAAAUUGGGCAAUGUUGAAAAAUGCAUUGACAGCAGAGUUUAAAGAAGUAAUCGACAGCUAUGAAGUUCAUCGUCAGUUAGUGGGCAGAAAAAAACAGCUGGACGAAACAUUUCAGGAGUACACAUACAAAAUGCUUGAUAUCGCAAGCCAGGCGGACAUAGAUGUACGUACAGUUAUUAAGUAUAUUAUCGAGGGUAUUCCUGAUGAUCCUGUAAAUAAAAGUAUUUUGUAUGGUGCAAAAACAGUGCGCGAACUUAAAGAAAAAUUCAUGCAAUAUGAAUGCAUGAAAAGUGAAAUGACAAAAGUAAAAAAUAGUUAUAAAGACGAUAGUAAAUUUAGACGAGGUAGUGAUAAAAAUAUGAAGAUAAUUAGACAUGAUAAAAAAGUGAAAAGAUGUCAUAUUUGUGGUGCGUUAGAACAUUUAAGUGCUGAUUGUCCCAAUAAAGGAAAAGGUGUGAAAUGUUUUAAGUGCAAUGACUACGGUCAUAUAGCGUCGAAGUGUCAAGGAACAGCAUCGAACAGCAAAUCAAAGGAAACCAACAGCAUUACACAAGCAGCUAAGAAGAAACUCGUCAAAGAAGUUGUAGUUAAGGACAAUAAGCUUACAGCCCUAAUAGACACUGGAAGCGAUUUGACUCUUAUGCGGACAGAUGAGUAUGUAAAAAUAGGUUCACCCGCAUUAUCGCGAAAUAGUAUUAAGUUUGAUGGUAUAGGGUCAACAGGUAAUGAAACUCUUGGCGAAUUUGUUACUGACGUAAAAAUCGAUAAUGUUAGUUACUGUAUGAAAUUUCAUGUCGUUCCAGGUAAAAUAUUGAAAUAUGAUAUAUUAAUGGGGACUGAUUUUCUAAAUCAAGUUAAUCUUACAGUCAAAGCAGGUAGAAUAGAAAUAUCAAAGGUUGCCGAUACAGGUAUAAAUAACGACGACAUUCCCGAAAUUUUGUGUAUCAACGCUAUUGAAAAUUCUAAUGAUGUCGAUUUAUCUUAUAUAACGAAUACUGACCAUCGUAAUACCGUAAUAGAAAUGAUCGAGAAUUAUAAGCCUGAAAAAAUUAGUGAAGUUGGUAUAAAAAUGAAAUUAAUAUUAAAAGACGAAGUUCCGGUUUAUUCCCGACCGCGUCGUNUCAGCAUUUGUGUUGUUUUUCCCUUUGCGAUAAAUUAUGUUAUAGUCAUGUUCUUCUAA